UGACAUAACGACCUUUUCCUUUGGCGUUUUAAAUUUUAUUUGGAAAUAUUUUUAAAAUUUGAUAUUGAAAUGUUACAAAUAUUGCCCCAAAACUAUUCCCUACUUUCAAAUUUAAUAACUAAUUCAUGGUAUCAUUCAAAUAAACUUCUUAGCCUUGGCGGAGAACUACAAAUUCAACGAUAUUUUGCCGACAAGGGACAGUGUGAAAAUGAAGGCAAAUUACCCAAAAAGUUAAGCCUGAAGGACGUGGACGUUGCUGGUAAACGGGUAUUUAUGCGUGUCGACUUCAAUGUGCCCAUGAAGGAUGGCAAAAUCACCAACAAUCAACGCAUCAAGGCGGCUCUACCCAGUAUUAAAUACUUGCUGGAAAAGAAAUCCAAAUCACUGGUGCUGGCUUCUCAUUUAGGCCGUCCAAAUGGUAAAAAGAAUUUGAAAUUUUCAUUGAAGCCCGUUGCCACCGAACUGGAAAAGCUACUGAAGCAUCGAGUGUGCUUCGUGGACGAUUGCGAAGAUGAAUCGGCUUUAAAAUACUUAAAGGAUGCUCCACAAGGCAUUGUGCUAUUGCUCGAGAAUCUGAGAUUCUAUGCCGAAGAAACGGGCAGCAGCAAAGAUGAAAACAAAAAGAAGGUUAAAGCCGAUCCGGCUAAGGUUAAAGAGUUUCGUAGUAAAUUGGCCAAAUUUGGUGAUAUCUAUGUGAACGAUGCCUUUGGCACGGCCCAUCGAGCACACAGCUCGAUGAUGGGCGAGGGUUUUAAAGUACGUGCAGCAGGAUUUCUACUUGAGAAGGAGUUGAAGUAUUUUUCCAAGGCACUGGACAAUCCAAAGAAACCAUUCUUGGCCAUACUAGGCGGAGCCAAGAUAGCCGACAAGAUUCCAUUGAUUAAUAAUCUGUUGGACAAGGUCGAUCAGAUGAUUGUGGGUGGCGGCAUGGCGUUUACAUUUCUAAAGGUCAUCAACAAAAUGGAAAUUGGCAAAUCGCUCUUCGAUGAAAAUGGCGCUAAGAUGAUCAAAGAUAUUAUGAAAACGGCUGAAAAGAAGAAAGUGCAAAUAAUACUGCCCGUAGAUUUCAUUUGCGCCAAAAAGAUGGAUAAGGAUUUCGGUGAGAUUAAGACCGUAGAUGUAAAGCAGGGCGUGCCCGAGGAUCUCAUGGGCCUGGAUAUAGGUAACAGAACAAUUCUACUAUUUAGCGCAGCCAUUAUUGGAGCCAAAACCAUAGUCUGGAAUGGCCCACCAGGUCUCUUUGAAAACAAGAAAUUUGCCGUUGGCACCAAGGAAAUGCUGCAUGCGGUUGUCUGUGCCACAGGGAUGGGCGCUACUACAAUAGUUGGCGGCGGCGAUACGGCCACAGCCUGUAAGAAGUUCGGUGGCAGCGACAAAGUCUCGCAUGUCUCCACUGGCGGCGGCGCCGCCCUAGAGUUGCUUGAGGGUAAGAAACUGCCAGGAGUGGCGGCAUUAUCAGAUGCCAAGACAUAAUAUGCAGUUCAAGAUAUAGGCAGAAAUUAUAAGUAUUAAGAAUAU